AUGAAUAAUUUUAGGAACUACUUAGAAGAUUUGGCCCAAAAGGCCAAGGGUGCAGGAGAGAAGGAGCAUGAUAGUGAAACGAAACUGACAAUAACGGAUCUGAGAGAUGGGAACCAAUGGAAGAAGGAAUGGGAUCAGGGGACGCGGUGGAGUAAUAUAAAUAAGGGGACAGGGACCGAAUAUUGGGCAGCCGAAGACGCCGCACGGAUAAUUUGCAAGGGCAUAGAAGGAUGGAUGGCGAACUUUGAAGAGAAGGAGAGCCCGGAGGAGUGGGUUUCAAGUCAGAACUGCACCCCCGAGAGGAUGGGCGUCUACGGUGGACAGAGGGAUUCCAACAAGUGUCCGUAUAAACCAGAAAUUGAGAGUUGGAGACACUACGGCAGCGGGAGAGUCUUGCAUCCAGGCAGAAAGGAAGACAGGACCUUCAUAGUAUGUAUCGAUCUCGUGGCUAUUAUGCUGACAGUCUAUCAGAAUAUAGCAAAGAAAGAAGGAAACUGGGUAGCAUACAAUCAAGGGAAGGACAUAUGCCAGGUACUGUAUGAAAGCUAUUUUUAUUGGGGAGGAAGAGAAACAGCUAGGCGAAUCAUGAAAUUCUGGUUUGGCAACAGCACAACAUUAGAAUUAGCUGAAGGAAGGAGCGUCGAGCUAGGAGAGACACCGACGCACAGCUGGGGAAAAUUGAUUGGCAAUCUACCAACACUAGUUAAAGGGAUACAAUGCAACGAAGAAAGGAGUACCCACGACAAAUACAGCACAACAUGUGUAUGGUUAAGGAACGAAUCAGGAUGUCAACUCUUAGAAGACCAGGACUGGGAAAACACCAAGAAGAAGUGGGACGAGCAACUGGAAGAAAGGAAGCAAGAAUGGACCCAGAACCUCCAGGAAAUAGAGAAAAAUGACGUGGAAUUGCAGAAAGACGGAGAACAAACCAGACUUCAGGCCAUAAUAAGGGGCGUAACAGGGGGAGGGGUG